CAGCACUAUUACAAAUUUCUCUGCAAUAUAUUUCAUUGCGUAACGUAACAGGGGGAUCGGAUAUCUCGACGCCUUCCAAGAUACUUCCUCUCACUAGCAGUGCGGGCACCAGUGGAGGCAUCAGUGGCAGUGGUAGCUGCAGUGGCAGCGGCAGUGGUAGUGGUAGUGAUGGAGGAGGUGGCAGAAGUCGUCCAAAUAUCAUACAUCCCAACUGCACCAACGUACUGAUGGAGGCUGCAUCUGAGGGCGACCUGCAGACAUUAAGACACCUCGUGAAUACCGGCAUCAGCCUGGAGAUCGCCAGUCAGCGGGCUGGGGAGGAAGAGCUGCGGGUGCUGCACCUUGCGUCGUGGGGCGGCCACGCCGAGCUGGUGAAGAUCAUCCUCGACCACCAGGUGGACCGCGAGGCUGUGGCGCAAGGACGCCGUGCGGUCCACUGGGCCGCUGUUGGUGGUCACGUACAGGUGCUGCAAGUGCUGAAGGAGAGAGGAUGUCAGCUAGCGGCUCUGACAGCUGAUGGCUCAACAUCUCUCCACCUGGCAGCUGACUACGGCAACUUGGACGCUGUCAAGUGGCUGGUGGAGCAGGGUCUCAACCCAGGCAUGAGGGACAGCAGAGGCUACACCGCCAAGGAGCUGGCCAGGGCAGGUGGCCACAAUGACAUUCGCAGAUACCUGAUGACAGCUCACGUCCAAAGAAUAAAUCAGCGGUGUGUGGGUAGUGAGAAUACAGACUGUACAUCUGCGAGUUCUGCAAAUCUGCCCUUCCUGCAGACCUCCACCCAGGUGUUGGAAGCAGCCACAGAAGGUGACCUGACAUCCCUCACAGCACUCCUGGUGACUGGAGUCGUCGACCUAGAAGUAGUCAGCAACCGUGCAGGAGAGGAAGGCCUGCGACCGCUACAUUUAGCAGCGUGGGGUGGCCAUGCUGACAUGGUGAGGCAGAUCCUGCAGCAGGGUGUUGACCUCGAGGCUACAGCACAGGGACGCCGUGCGGUCCACUGGGCCGCGGUUGGCGGUCACGUGCAGGUGCUACAAGUGCUGAAGGAGAGAGGGUGUCAGCUGGCGGCGCUGACGGCUGACGGCUCAACAGCUCUCCACCUGGCAGCUGACUACGGCAACCUAUACGCAGUCAAAUGGCUGGUGGAGCAGGGUGUAAACCCCGACGCCAAGGACAGCACGGGCAACACCGCUCAAGAGCUAGCUCGUCAUGCUAAUUACAACGGCAUUACCAGCUUCCUCAGAGCUAAGGAAUCACUGGGCGGAGAAGUUCGAGGCAAUGACCUCUUCAUCGUGCUGGAGUACUGCGCCGGGGGAGACUUAGCUAAACUCAUCUACCAGCGGGUGCAGCAGGGAGGGCCGCGCUUUUCCGAGAAGAGGAUUGUGUCUUGGGCUCUCAGUAUUGCCUCCGCACUGAAUUUCUUCCUCUGGUUAGGGAGAGAAAGAAAACCCAAGUUAACCUAUGGGGGUGAUUCGUGUGGGUGAGUGGUCGAGACUCGAUCAUCCGUCUGCAAGAUCCGAGACAGAAACGUUACUCUCUCAGACGAGCUUCCCAUAGCAACAAAAAAUUACUACACACGAAGGGUAUCCUACACCGGGACCUGAAACCUCACAACAUCUUCCUCACCCUGGGCAACAAGAGUGUCAAGC